AUGUCCGACUCCACCGACCAACUCGUUUUAAACCAACGCCGCAACCUCCCCCUUCGCGCGACUCCUGCCACCUGUGCGGGCAAGACCUACAUCGUCACCGGCGCCAACGUCGGCCUCGGCUUCGAAGCCGCCAAGCAUCUCGUCGCCCUUGGGGCUGGCAGAGUUAUUCUCGCUGUGCGAAAUCUCGCGGCUGGCGAGGCCGCGAAGAAGAUGAUCGAGCAGGCGACCGGCGGCACGGGCGUGGUGGAGGUGUGGCACCUCGAUCUCAGCAGGUUUGACUCGGUGAAAGCGUUUGCGGGGCGGGCAGUGGCUGAGCUGGCGCGCAUUGAUGCGAUUGUCGAGAACGCGGCGGUGGCGAGGACGGAUUCGGUGCGUGCAGAGGGCCGUCUCCAGGGAAUGACGGUGAAUGUGGUGAGUACUUUUCUCCUGGCGGUGUUAUUGGGGGAGAAGAUGAGGGAGAGCGCGAAGAAAGUGGGCGCAAUGGUGAGGGUCGUGAUCGUCACGAGCCGUCUGGGAUUUACGAUGAAGGAGGAGUGGACGGAGAUAUGGGAGCAGCCGCUGGUGGGAAUUGAGGAGGAUGAAAGGUUGUAUGCGCAGUGUUAUGCUCUGUCGAAGUUGAUGGAGAUCUUCGCGGUGAAGCAUCUUGCCACGCUGCUGCCGGUAGAGCGCACGGGGGUCGUCUUCAACCUUGUCUGUCCCGGCCUGUGCAAGACGGAGCUGAUCCGGAAUACUUCGCCGGAUCGCAGGGCGGAGAUCACGAAGUUGUAUGAGCGUGCUGGGCGGACUGCUGAGGAUGGUAGUCGAACCCUACUGCACGGGGCCGUGGCCGGGAAGGAGUCGCAUGGAUGUCUUCUGCAUUCAUGCGAGCUGGACGAGAGCGAUGUCCCCUCCUGGGUGACGGAUGAAGCAGGAAAGACAAUGCAGCAACGAAUGUGGGAGGCUAUCGCCAAAGAGCUGGAGUUGAUUCAGCCAGGAUGUGUCGAAGAGAUGCUCGCACUGUAA